AUGGACAGCCAAGGCGGGGAGGAGACGGAGGAGGAGCUUCCGCUCGAGAUUGAGGACUACUCGUGCAACACGCGCUUCGAGGAGGUCAUUGGGGAAAUUGAACGGUAUCUCGUGGAGGAGUUUAGUACGCGGCAGGAGCUGCAGCGGUUUCUGCUGAAUCCACCGCAGCCCCCGCAUCCGCGUCAAUGCCGGGAUAAGGGCAGCACGGAGGUUGCGCAGGUGGCGGGGGGCCGUCGCGGCAGCGGCGAUGGGGAGAUGGUUUUUGGCCGUUGCUUUUUCCCGCUUGCCGCAGGCAGCAGCAGCGGCGGCAAGCAGGAGAGCGCGGCGGCGGAGGAGGAAAAGGAGGGCGUUGCUGUGGAGAUCCACGUGCAAAGCGGCUUGCGGGGGUCGCAGCGGCAGCGGGAGCAGAAAUUGCACCCCAUCGCCCGUCUUUUUGCGCUUCCGAUUUUCUUUCUGGCGCGCGGAACCACGACGGCGCCGUCGUACCGUCCAAGUGAGUCCUCGUUUUACCUCUCACUUCUCACAACGGCGGUGGGCCGCGCGCUGCGUGGUCCGCUUUCCCUGCGCCUUGACGGUGACCCGUCGUGCCUCCCAUCACCGUUCUUCUACGCCGACGGGCUGGCGCCGUGCUUUGUGGCUGUGGGCGACCACUACCAGCUGGCCUUCAAGGGGGUGGCGCCGCCGGUCAUGCUGGGCGACGGCGCCUGCCGUCAAGCAGAGUCGUGGACGCUGCAGCAGCUCGUUGCCCAGCCUGUGGUGAAGUGUCGAUUUCAUUGCAGCGCCUACCCGCACCCGCCGGAGUGGUGCCGUCACGUGUCGGACCAGCUCGACAUGUUUCAGCUCCAGAUAGGAACGCAGAGCCGCGUCCGGACGGAGGUGUUUGAUGGCAUCUGCGUGUCUUUGCAACGGGAGUUUCGCUUGAGUGUGCCUCGGCGCUUUUUGCUGAAUGAUUACGCCCUGGCGGAGUCCGCCGCCCGCGCAGGCGUGGACGCGCGCGUCGCCACCUUGCUGUGGCAUGAUAUUCUGGAACUUGAAAAUGAGACCAUGCUUCUUGCGGCGGGCCCAACGACGUUUCCCUUUGGCAGUGGCACGGCCCCCCUACGCGGCAUUACUUUUUGCUUUCAGUGGAACCAGCUGCUGGACACCGUGGUGCACGAAGAUGGGGGGCGGAGCUCCAACCUGAACCCGUUCGCCCCGGAGGGGACGCUGCUGGAGAGCAAGUUGGUCAUCCAGGCCGUGGCGGUCCCCAAGAAGGAGUGCGAGUUAAACCACGCUGCGUGCAAAGUUCUGUCGGAGUACGUGUAUCGGGUGAUGGAGCAUGUGUUGUCAGGCGAGGAGGCGCAGGAGGGGCAGCGAGGAUCGGAUGGACUUUCCAGUGUGGUGAGCGACAUCCUCUUUGGCCACACCGUGGGCCUGGCAGGGCAGGAGGCGCUGGUGGAGCGCCUCACGACGCAUGCGGCACCGGGUGAGACGGUCAAGCAGGACAUUCGUCGUGUGUAUUUUCCCGGAUCCUUCCUCUGCCGCUUUGCGUACGCAUGCGCCAGUCGCGUACAGAGCUUGGAGGAUGUCCUUCCACUCUGGUUGCUGGUGGUGGAGCAGCUCAGAGGCCUGCUUGAGGGCAAGGGCGAUAGACGGCAAUCUCUGCAGGAACUCAUUCGCGUCCUUGGCCUCCCCGUCGUGGAGGAAAUUGACCAUGGACUGCCGCUGUUGGUUCAGAAGUUGCAACUCCUCGCCUAUUGCGCGCGGCGCAUGCUGAGUGACGCCCAACCACCCGCCGUGGUCAAGCAACCCGCUGACGGCUGGGAGGACGAGAUGGAGGAGGAGUUUUCACCCCACAACCCGGGCGAGGUCGCCGCAGCCGCGGGCGAGCUUUCACGGAAUGGAUUCGUUGUCUCCGGCAAACGCCUCAUCACAAAUGGCGAGCCGUUGCUGGAGCCAAGGGCGCUUCCCGUCCCUCCCUGCACCUCCGAUGUGAUGCUGCUGAAGGCGCAGGAGCUGCAGACGCUCGGCACGGCGGCCGCGGCGCAGCACAGCCGUGCGUGGAUUCAGAGUAAAGGACUUUUUAAUGAUAUGUGCUUGUUUCUCUACUUCAACCGGGCUCAUGAGGGGCGUGUGGUGCGUUUUCCGGACUUUGUGCACUGGCACAGUCCGCGUGACUUUGUUCCGCCCGCGUCGGACGCAGUGGCGCAGGAUGACGACGCCUACUUGUCACCGCGGAUGCGGCGCCACUCCGACGCCGAGAAUGCGUGGAUGCGAAAUAUAUGGUGGCCACUGUGGGAGGCGGCCACCCCGCGCUCUCCGGAGGAAAUCAUGGCCCAGUCGUUUGUUCCCCAUGAGCAGGCGCGGCUCAUCAUUCGCUGGAUGGAGCGCGACCUUCCCGCCGCGCAGCUCCUCCUUGAGACCGUGCACGCGAACUUCAGUAAUUCGCUGCAUCGCAUACUCUCCCACCGCUUCGUGGAGGGCAACCGGGCCAUCGCGGCGUAUGCGCAGCGCAAAAGCGAGGCCAUCGCAAGACGCCUCAAGGGCGCGCUGCGCUGGGGCGACGAUGGCCCCCUGGUGGACGGCGAGGGCCUGCGCACCACGUACGGCAGCGCCAUUCGCGUGAUUGGCGAAAUUGAGACGUGCCUGUGCGCCGCCUUGGCGACGGAGCGUGUGCUGGGUGCCUUCCAGGGGACCGCCGCCGCACCACCGCCGCCGCCCGCCGGCGAGCCGUGCGCCUCUGUGGAGCAACUCGUCGCGGCGCUUGCCUCGCCGGUCGCGACGGACGCCGACUCCGCCGAACUCGUCUUGAGUGAGGCAUCGCUGAAUUGGGAUUUGUGGCAACGCAGCGGCAUCGCACACCGCUUCACCGCGGAAGACCAGCGUGCCACGACGAUGCGGCUUCGUGCGACAUGCAUGGCGGAGCGGCCUCUCAACACCACCGCGUGCUUCCAACAAAUGUUUGCUGAAACCGACGAAACGGGCGUCUUCCGUGUGGCGCUGGCGCUGGCCGAGGAGGUUCUGUAA